GGAUUAUUUUCUCUAGACAUGCUAUGCCAUUGCUGACUGCAAAUUAGAAUAGUACAUUUAAACACUCGAACGUGCUAACGAUACAUGUUUCGGUGAUGUUUUUUUAAUUACCAUUAUACAAUAUGUCAGAUUUUAAAAUAGACGUUGUGAUAUUCAGUCCGUAGCAAGACGGAUCAAAUCACCACAUUCGAUUAACUCCAUUGUGCAACUAUUGGACUAAAACGUCUAUUGAACCAUUGUAUACGUUACUGAAAUAUAUAUUGAGUUAAUCUGACUUAAGAUUUAAACCUUAUAAACUAGGCAACACGCCUUGUUUAUACCUAAUGGGACACUUUUGACUGAUAAAUGUGUUGUGAAAAUGGAAUUAUGAAAGAUUUUGCUGUAAAGAAUCAGUAAACCAGUGUAGAUAUUUGUGUUUGGUUUGUAGUUAGCAUGUCAAUAGCAGUGAAUGCGUUUGAACGAUAAUUUCCAAAAAAGAUUAGAUAUAGGUAUUCAUUGCUGUCAACGCUUUUAUUGGACGUAUUUUACUUUGAUUUAAAUACUACGUGCUUUAAGAUAUACAAAUCCGCUAGUCCCGGCGACAAACUAUGGAAAUUGGAAUUGUUAACAACUAGUUGAAUUUGAACGUAUGAAUAUGUUGACAUUUGAUAACGUAUGGGAGGGAUGUACUCCAACAAAGUGGAUCAUACAUGAGAUAAACUACAGUCACGGGGUCGUUUAGGAUGCCUCACGAUAUCGGACCGGAACUGCGACUGGCGCGACCCAGGAACCAGCGCAGCUAUGUUUCUGCCGCCGUGCGCCAUAGAGAAGAAAUUGUCGGGCGGAGUAUUUCCGCUUCCGGUUUUAGAAAAUCGGAAAAGCAGGAUCGCCCGUCAACAACGCCGGUGACGCCCAACACUGUCGCCUCUAAUGAAGGUGAAUAUCACAUCGAACUACUCGAGUACGAAUGGCCGGAUUUACCUCCUAUCGUCGAUAUGAAAGAUGCAGUGUGUCGACAGCGGGUUAGUCAAGGGAUCACCUACAUCCUCCCGGUUGACAAAGGUCGGAACUCCAUUGACAAUAAGUACAGAACUGACUUGCGUGCCAUGUUCCAGGAACCGUACGCCACCGAAGGGACGCGAUACGACGAUACCCGCAUCAUUAAAAGUGCCAAAAUACAUUUUAGAACAAACGUGGUUGACACGCGGUGGACGGUUGAUCAGAUGAAAAAUAUCCCCAUCACGCUUAACACCGAAUCCGAAAACGCUAGAAAGAUUUAUGCUCAUUCCGCCCCGGUAGGGGGUCGAGCAAGGACCAUUCCUGACGACGGUAAAAUACAAACUCGCUCGAGCCUGUAUCUGCCAAUAAAGAACUCGCCUCAUCUGAAAGGUCAGAAGAUUCGCAAGAAAUUGGAGAGAAUCUCGCGUCAGUAUUUGGCUGAGCAGGACAACGACGGCACUGCAAAUAAAGCUGAAACGCCGGAUGACGACAAGGACAGUGAUGACAUGGACGCCAGUGCAAAGCAGGAAGAAGAGACGCCAGUCAAGCCUGAAACACAGGAACAAGCUGGGCAACCUUCAGAGGAGAUUCGUCAGCGUAAUAAAGAUGGCAACCAUAAAGUUGUGCUUGAAAGAUCCCAGAGUCGUAAAAGCAUAGUACCAUUUAAAAGAAUUGUUAUCGAACAGAAUACAUCUGAUGAAAACGUUAGAAAAGAAAUUCGGUUUUCAGCGGACGAAUUCGAAUCGUAUGAGCAAUUAAAGGCAACUAAACCCCCGAAGCAAAUUAUACCGGACAUGUUUAAAUCGGAAUUUCUUUCCAACGAAAAGAACCAAGGCAUUUGGGACUGGCUGCAUUAUGGUGAAAGCAUUUCGGAUUUUGAAUAUUUCCUGUCUGUAUGUGGAUGAUCAUUCCUGUUUUGAUUUUUUUGCACCAAUUAAAUUUUUGUUUAUUUUUGUGUUAAUACAUCUGAAUAUCAUCAGGAACGUUUUCAUAUGAUACAACAAACGGGACAUAUGUUGUUCUUUUUUUCAAUUGUGUUAUCAAUUGCCCAAUAACAAUUUUCACAUUCGAAAAAUGCUCAGGUAAAUUGAAAUGCGAAUGCUAAUUACCAUUCGUGCAAUUUGUGCAUCUUCAAUAUAAUUUCCGUUGCCAGGAACGUCAGCUAAAUUUCAUACAUGCAUGCAUGCAUAUUUACCACGGUUAUCUUCUAUUUUUUUAUAUUACAUUUCUUACAAAGGCAACGCCCAUGUAUUCGACAUACUUUUGAGAUUAUUACAUUCAGAUAAUAAUGUUUGCACGGUAUGAGCUGAUAAAUACUCAAAUAUUUCGAAAACCAUGUACAUGUGAUUUUCAUCUAAAUUUUAUAAUAAACGACUUAUAUUCGCAUAAAAUGAAAUGCAUUUGGUAUAACGUUGCUUACUAUAUUUUUGUAUGUAAUAAAACGCUGAAAAAUG